AUGUGGGCUCAUGUCAUGGGACCAGGGGGCGGGGCGGCGGUUGGGGGUGUCCCUGGCUGGGUCCUCAGUGAAGGUUGCACUUCGCAGCUGUGGCCUGUGGCUGCAGAGGCUGCAGCGGGCAAGGGCUCGUCCAAGGUCAGCCAGGCUGUCAGGGCCUGGGCUGGAUCCCCCUCCCCUGAUGCCCCAGGACUCCUGGCUCACUUCCCGGAUGUCGCCAGCCCCUGCUCCCCUUUGGGGUGGCGCCAACAGGCCUGGGGGACUCUUGGUGUCCCCACAGAGCCUAGGCCAGGCUGGGCCCUCUACAGGUGCAUGCCCAAUGCCAGGGGUGUUACUGUGGCUCUGGGGAGGCCCUGCCCAAGGACCCCACCCCAGGGGCUGGCUUCCCCAACUUGCACCCUGAGCACCAGAGCCUUGGUGGGCAGGAGUGUCUCCCACUUGUCCCCCACCCCUGUCUGUUGGAAACAAACAGAUGUCAAAGCUGUGGUGACGCUGCCGUGGCCUGGGCAGUGA